CUCAGGCUCAGCCGUGCCGGGGGCAGCAGGCCGGUUCCCGAGGUGGCCCAGGCGCCCUCCCGUCGCCGGCGCCGCCCGGGCCGUCCCUCCCCGCCGCCCCCCGCCCUCCGCCUCCGCCUCCCCCCGCCCUCCGCCUCCCUUCCCCCUCCCCGCCCAGCAGCGGUCGCUGAGGCCAGGCUCUCGGUUAUAAGAUGGCGGCGCUGAGCGGCGGCGGCGGCGCGGAGCAGGGCCAGGCUCUGUUCAACGGGGACAUGGAGCCCGAGGCCGGCGCCGCGGCCUCUUCGGCUGCGGACCCGGCCAUUCCCGAGGAGGUGUGGAAUAUCAAACAAAUGAUUAAGUUGACACAGGAGCAUAUAGAGGCCCUACUGGACAAAUUUGGUGGGGAGCAUAAUCCACCAUCAAUAUAUCUGGAGGCCUAUGAAGAAUACACCAGCAAGCUAGAUGCCCUCCAACAAAGAGAACAACAGUUAUUGGAAUCCCUGGGGAAUGGAACUGAUUUUUCUGUUUCUAGCUCUGCAUCAACAGACACCGUUACAUCUUCUUCCUCUUCUAGCCUUUCAGUGCUGCCUUCAUCUCUUUCAGUUUUUCAAAAUCCCACAGAUGUGUCACGGAGCAACCCCAAGUCACCACAAAAACCUAUCGUUAGAGUCUUCCUGCCCAAUAAACAGAGGACAGUGGUACCUGCAAGGUGUGGAGUUACAGUCCGGGACAGCCUGAAGAAAGCACUGAUGAUGAGAGGUCUAAUCCCAGAGUGCUGCGCUGUUUACAGAAUUCAGGAUGGAGAGAAGAAACCAAUUGGCUGGGACACUGAUAUUUCCUGGCUUACUGGAGAGGAAUUGCAUGUAGAAGUGUUGGAGAAUGUUCCACUUACAACACACAACUUUGUACGGAAAACUUUUUUCACCUUAGCAUUUUGUGACUUCUGUCGAAAGCUGCUUUUCCAGGGGUUCCGCUGUCAAACAUGUGGUUAUAAAUUUCACCAGCGUUGUAGUACAGAGGUUCCACUGAUGUGUGUUAAUUAUGACCAACUUGAUUUGCUGUUUGUCUCCAAGUUCUUUGAACACCACCCCAUACCACAGGAGGAGGCCUCCUUAGCAGAGACUACCCUUACGUCUGGAUCAUCCCCUUCUGCACCCCCCUCCGAUUCUAUUGGGCCCCCAAUUCUCACCAGUCCGUCUCCUUCAAAAUCCAUUCCAAUUCCACAGCCUUUCCGACCAGAUGAAGAUCAUCGAAAUCAGUUUGGACAACGAGACCGGUCCUCAUCAGCUCCAAAUGUGCAUAUAAACACCAUAGAACCUGUCAAUAUUGAUGACUUGAUUAGAGACCAAGGGUUUCGUAGUGAUGGAGCCCCUUUGAACCAGCUGAUGCGCUGUCUUCGGAAAUACCAAUCCCGGACUCCCAGUCCCCUCCUACAUUCUGUCCCCAGUGAAAUAGUGUUUGAUUUUGAGCCUGGCCCAGUGUUCAGAGGAUCAACCACAGGUUUAUCUGCCACGCCCCCUGCCUCAUUACCUGGCUCACUCACUAAUGUGAAAGCAUUACAGAAAUCUCCAGGACCUCAGCGAGAAAGGAAGUCAUCUUCAUCCUCAGAAGACAGGAAUCGAAUGAAAACACUUGGUAGACGGGAUUCAAGUGACGAUUGGGAGAUUCCUGAUGGGCAGAUCACGGUGGGACAAAGAAUUGGAUCCGGGUCAUUUGGGACAGUCUACAAGGGAAAGUGGCAUGGUGAUGUGGCAGUGAAAAUGUUGAAUGUGACAGCACCCACACCUCAGCAGUUACAGGCCUUCAAAAAUGAAGUAGGAGUACUCAGGAAAACUCGACAUGUGAAUAUCCUACUCUUCAUGGGUUAUUCAACGAAGCCACAACUGGCUAUUGUUACCCAGUGGUGUGAGGGCUCCAGCUUAUAUCAUCAUCUCCACAUCAUUGAGACCAAAUUCGAGAUGAUCAAACUUAUAGAUAUUGCACGACAGACUGCACAGGGCAUGGAUUACUUACACGCCAAGUCAAUCAUCCACAGAGACCUCAAGAGUAAUAAUAUUUUUCUUCAUGAAGACCUCACAGUAAAAAUAGGUGAUUUUGGUCUAGCCACAGUGAAAUCUCGAUGGAGUGGGUCCCAUCAAUUUGAACAGUUGUCUGGAUCCAUUUUGUGGAUGGCACCAGAAGUAAUCAGAAUGCAAGAUAAAAACCCAUAUAGCUUUCAGUCAGAUGUAUAUGCAUUUGGGAUUGUUCUGUAUGAAUUGAUGACCGGACAGUUACCUUAUUCAAACAUCAACAACAGGGACCAGAUAAUUUUUAUGGUGGGACGAGGAUAUCUAUCUCCAGAUCUCAGUAAGGUACGGAGUAACUGUCCAAAAGCCAUGAAGAGAUUAAUGGCAGAGUGCCUAAAAAAGAAAAGAGAUGAGAGACCACUCUUUCCCCAAGAAAGGUCCAGAAGAAAGUAUAGACUCUUUAACAGUGGUUACCCCUGGAAGAUUCUCGCCUCUAUUGAGCUGCUGGCCCGCUCAUUGCCAAAAAUUCACCGCAGUGCAUCCGAACCCUCUUUGAAUCGGGCUGGCUUCCAAACAGAGGAUUUUAGUCUGUAUGCUUGUGCUUCUCCAAAAACACCCAUCCAGGCAGGGGGAUAUGGAGAAUUUGCAGCCUUCAAGUAGCCACACCAUCAUGACAGCAUCUACUCUUAUUUAAGUCUUGUGUUCGUACAAUUUGUUAACAUCAAAACACAGUUCUGUUCCUUAACUCUUUUUAAAGAUAAAAAUUUUCAAUGCAUAAGCUGGUGUGGAACAGAAUGGAAUUUCCCAUCCAACAAAAGAGGGAAGAAUGUUUUAGGAACUAGAAUUCUCUGCUGCCAGUGUUUCUUCUUCAACACAAAUACCACGUGCAUACAAGUCUGCCCACUCCCAGGAAGAAAGAGGAGAGACCCUGAGUUCUGACCUUUUGAUGGUCAGGCAUGAUGGAAAGAAACUGCUGCUACAGCUUGGGAGAUUUGCUCUGGAAAGUCUGCCAGUCAACUUUGCCCUUCUAACCACCAGAUCAAUAUGUGGCUGAUCAUCUGAUGGGGCAGUUGCAAUCACCAAGCCUCGUUCUCUUUCCUGUUCUGGGAUUUUGUUGUGGAGCUCUUUACCCUAGCCACCACUGGUUAAUUUCUGAGGGAUGGAACAAAAAUGCAGCAUGCCCUUCCUGUAUGGUGCAUGUUCAGUCCUUGAUAAAUUUUCACCAAAAUGAAGCUAUUUUAUUUAAAUGGAGGGUGAGAGCUGAGGAGGUAGGUUUUGGUGUAGAGGAAAAGGGAAUGCUGCAUCUUUUUCCUGACCUGCUGGGUCUCUGGCCUUUGUUUCCUCGCUCACGCAGGCUCUGCCUGGCGGGCAGACUGGAAGCUCUGGCGCACAUUGCUUUCUUUUCCCAUUGGGUCCAGCAAUGAAGACGAGUGUUUGGGGAUUUUUUUUCUCCACUAUGUAGCAAGUUCUCAGGAAAAUACAAUUGAUAUCUUCCUCCUAAGCUCUUCCAGUCGCCAAGUACUUAUGUGGCUACUUUGUCCAGGGCACAAAAUGCCUGUAUCUAAUUAAAAGCCUACAAAACUGCUUGAUAACAGUUUUGAAUGUGAGACAUUUAUGUAAUUUAAAUGUAAGGUACAAGUUUUAAUUUCUGAAUUUCUUCUAUUAUAUUUUUAUUAAAAAGAAAAUAAUUUUCAGAUUUAAUUGAAUUGGAAUAAAAUAAUACUUCCCACUAGAAUUAUAUAUCCUGGAAAAUUGUAUUUUUGUUAUAUAAACAACUUUUAAAGAAAGAUCAUUAUCCUUUUCUCUACCUAAAUAUAUGGGGAGUCUUAGCAUAAUGACAAAUAUUUAUAAUUUUUAAAUUAAUGGUACUUGCUGGAUCCACACUAACAUCUUUACUAAUAUCUCAUUGUUUCUUCCAACUAACUCCUGCACUACAUCCUACAUUUUCUUUCUAGUCUUUGAUCUAGCAUAUGCAACCUCAAAUAAAAAUGGUGGUGUCUCCA